AUGUACCCCCUAAAGUACUGCAGGGCUCUCUGGAUCCUCAAGAUCUCGCCGAAGUCGCGCGUCUCAUCAUUCUCGAUCCUAUGCCCCACAACUCGGUACGAGCAGACCGGGCAGAACUGCACCUUGGAGGACGUCGCAAAGGAGAUCUCUACGCGUUUGGGCAAGCAGGUUGUCUGUAAGCCGGUCUCGAGUGAAGAAGUUCUUCCGAAGAGUACGUUGCAGCAUGUUGAGCUGCUGAGCGAUCUUGUCACGGAGGGGAUGGAUAGGAUGUUGUAUUAUUAUAACAGGAGCUUAAAUAUCUUGCGGUGGGUACUUGGGCGAGGGCCUACAACGUGGGCCGCUUUGCUUUGCCGCGACAUCCAGGGGUAA